GCGAUAAAUGCAGCUUCUGUAAUGAAAUCCAGUCCUCCAGCCUCUACCAAAUUCGACUCCAGCUUCGCGUGGUUCCUCGCCUUCAUGCUUGUGACAGUCUUUCUCCUCAUUGUCCUCCUAACUGUGAUAUGCAUACUCGCCUACUUUGUUUAUCGACUGCGUCGACAGUCAGCACGUCUGCCACCCGGUCUUGACACUGAAGGAGAUGUAAUCUACGGUUUCUCAAACAAACAUGCUGAGUUAAUAGAAUACCGAAGCAGUGCUCCACCCAGUAAUGCCUCACUCACAGAUCCAUGGAAUACACGCCUAGGAAGUAGUAUUGAGCACUGCGACUGUCACCUUUUGCACCGAGAAGAGUUUGAGCGUCGACGAGAAAACCUCAUUAGACGAGGAGUUCAAUUCCAUACCUAUCCCAAGAGUAGAGUUUCCUCAAUGCACGAGGAGCGGAGAAAACCAUCGGUACCAAAAAAUAGAAUGGUGGAACGACUACUCAUCGAGGCUGUUCAACAAGGAGAAGUAAACCUCACAUGGCCUAAGUAG